AUGUGGAAGAACUGGCUGCCGUUCUCCUCAGCAGUCCUGCUCUUUCUCUUGCCCUGGUUUGGUGGUCUGGUCAUGGGAGAGAUCAGCAAGGACUUCUCUCCCUGCCUCGAUUUCUUCUACAAUAAAACUCCCCCUAGGGGGAUUAUUGGUGCAGAAUACCAGCCUAUUUGUCAGCGCUACAAGAACAGAUAUCACUUUGCCAGCCUGUACAACCGUCGGCAUCGGGCUCCUUUGUACUCUGCCUACAUUCUGAGUCCUGCUGAUGGAAGGCGGCCCAAACCCAAGUGGAAGUAUGAACCACAGUUGGCGUUUUCCGGUGCCAGUCCAGAAAUGAAAGAUUUUAAAGCCACAGUUGAUCAGAAUGUUGUUGAAAGCCAAGCCGUCCUCCAGGACUACAAGAACUCUGACUUCUCCAAAGGUCACCUCUGUCCUAGUAUGCACCAGAGGAGGGAAGAAGACAGGAAAGCCACCUUUACUCUGACAAACAUUGUCCCUCAACGGGUUGCCUCCAACUCUGGGCCCUGGAACAGGCUGGAGAAAGAGGUGCUGAACAGAUUCAAGGACUUCUGCAACGGGCUGAUGUACGUAAUCACUGGUACCAUGCCUUACAAAUCAAAUACACGCUGGAUCAAUAACAGAGUGUCUGUUCCUGAGUACAUGUGGUCUGCUUACUGCUGCCCCUCGUACAGAGCUGACCUCCCUGAGGCUAUGAAACAGUUCUUUCCUACAUUUGGUGCCGUGGGAAGAAAUGAUCGCAGCAGCGGAGAGGAGAUUGUUCCUAUUAAUGCUGCAGUGAAGCCAUCAUUUCGAGGUUAUGAUGUAAGGCAGGUGCCUCUGAAGAAUUUGGAGGGCAUCCUGGCGCAGAGGCUGAAUGCUACUAUCCGUCUGUUUAGAGGAAAAUGUGAGAAAUGAAGGAAUUCAAAUUUAUAAAAGGAUCGGCUUUAUUACUCACCAC